AUGGCAAGCAAUCUUUUCACAGAGCUGGGCUGUUCCAACCCUAUAUAUCCCUUUGUUCUUCUUCCAGAGUAUCGACUCAUCGUGUGCCAACCGUGUCAGUAUGCGUGUUUAGCUGGCGAAACGGCCACACAUCUUUCCCAAAAGCAUGCCGAUGUAGAUCUGGGAACUCGACGCCGACUGACUACGGAGAUUAAAAUGAUACCGAACGUGCUGCGAAGUCGGACUGAGCUACCCCAACUGCAGUAUCCACCGCCAACGACCGAGCCCAUCUCUUGUCUUGCCCCACCAAAACUCGACGUACUGAAAUGCCGACAAUGCAAUAACUUCAACGUCCGUCAGCUGCAGGCGAUGCAGGAACAUUAUCGUAAAUCUCAUGGCUGGGUCAAUCCUAGGAGUAUAGGAAGGCCAGCAGAAGGGCUUUCAUCGACUGAUAAUGUACCAUGGAUUGAAGGGGUAGCAUGUCAGCGUUUCUUUCCUUCUCGAGAAGGCAGCAGAUGGUUCCAAGUCAACUUCAAGACCAAAAGAUGCAAUGCAAGCGCACUGAAGGCGAAACGAACUCCUACAAAACCACAGGUAGCGCCUCGGGAUCUUACAUCCGAAGGGUCCACCCAUCUACAACAAGUUAUGGAACGGGAGGCUGGAUAUCAAAAUGCUUUGAGCCAGCCUUGUAUUACUGGCAAAAAUGCUUGUAGAGUGACUUUCGCCUCCACGAGUCUGUGGUUAGACAGGACGCAAUGGUCUUCUGUCUAUCGGGGUUCCCGACGAGAUGUACUGUGGGCGAUGACGAGACCGCCUAAUCGCCACUGCCUCACCAUGUUGUUUGUAUUGCGCAGACAGGGUGCUUUGGAUGACACUCUAAACUUUGUGAGCCCUCGAGAAGAUGAACAAAAGAUAUCCAGCAUCAUGGGAGCAUUCGAUUCUGUCAUAGAUCGUUGUGAGAAUACGGUUCGCAGCACUAGCCACAACACCCUUUGCUGGCUACUUAGCUCGAGGCUGCAAAGCCGUCGAGAGUCCCCCUUCGCUCUUGUGGCGGAGAAAAAUAGCGAGGUGAGGUACAGAAGGACCCAGAAACAAUUCUUGGCCUUCGUUUUCCGGCUAUACCGAAUGGCGAGUGGCGUACGGCAAGAUGUGACAGAAGCCAAAGUGAGACCGGAAAUUUAUGCUGAGCUGGAUCGCAUCUGGAAUCAUAAUAUCUGGUGCCUCUUUGAAAUCUCUAAGGGGACCUGGCCGGCGAUAGAGAGGCAGGAGGAUAAUCCUACUGGCCCUUCCCCCACUACAUCUGGCGUCCUAUCUAUUAAUGACGCUAGUGACGCUACGGUUCAUGAUGAUCGAAGAACCUGUGCGACAGAAAGCGAAGAAGACGAAGAAGGUGGGAAUGCUGAUGUUGAAGACUGGGAUCCAGACGAGGACGAUGACAAUGACGAUGACUCCGAAGACGAUGACUCCGAAGACGAGAACGACUGCGAUGACUCUGGGUACUGGAGUAAUAUUGAUGGACCCAGCGCCACGCCCUACCGAGAGAUGUCCGCAGGAGUACUGAGAGGAUCUACCAAAGUUGUAUUCGACGAAUUCCUCGAAAUCCUGUUCCAGCUAUGUGUCACGCUAUGUACCGAGACUUUCGUUGACGGACAGCCAAGCUCUACGCUACUAGUGUACUUCAGCGGCGUUCUUGGCUUCUCUGCAGAUUGUCACAGGUUCCAGCUCGCUCGGCAAUACUGUCCAAAGCUUUCGGCAAUUAUUUAUAUGCAACGGAUAUUACUUCUAGAGCUAGCACUGCCUAUGCGCGAAUACACUACCAUUGGUAUUCCCCAACGGCCACGAGCAGCGCAGUUCGAGUCCCUGAACCGAAUCCGAGCGAAGUACAUGGUUUUAGGCUCGCAGUACCCGCUUGCGGAGUUGGUGAGCCUACUGUACCAAUUAGCACGGGUAUUAGGCCCAAUACCAGUUUUUGUGGCCCGUGCACUUACCCCAUUUCGACUUUUCCCGAUCCGUUGA